GAGGAUGGGAUGGCGUCUUCCUGCCCCGGCCAUUGUUCCCGCUGCUGCGCUCCUUCCAGCGCCGGGGCUAGAGGGCCUCCUCCCUCCUCGCCCUUUCCAGGUGUCGUGAGUCGGCCCCGAUAACCGGGAAGGGUGACAAAGGGGUGUGGAAAGUGAACCUGAGCCCCGGGGAGGUCGGAGCAGGGGAGGGAGCGGGGGUCUGUGGACCACCGCCCGUCAUCCCGGGGCUUUGGGGACAUUGUGAGUGCUGCGAGGCAGAAGGGUCACCAUGGUGAAUAACGACAACAGGAUUAGGACUUAUGGGAGGAAACGGCUGUGGUCUGAGGAAAUAUCCUCGGGGGAGAAGAAGUUAAGGACAAAUUUUUAAAAAACGACGUUUUGCAGCCCGCAUCAUGGAGAGCCAGUAUACCCUCUUACCAUUUGGUUCCAAAAGCAGCAAAGAGCAUUGAACUGAUUGAUUUUCAGGUGCAGAAUGUGACACUUCCUGAUUCCGUUUCCUUUAGGUCAGUGAGUCGCAAACCUUAGAGUGCAUACAAAUCAUUGGGGAACCUGUUAAAGAUGCAUAUUCUGGGACUCUCGGUCCUCCCUCCUCCCCCCGGUUCAGUUUCGGGAGGGAGGCUCCAAGGGUGUUUCUUGAAGCAUAGUUCCAGCUGGAGGGUACCUUUUAAACUGUUCAGGAUCAAGAUGAGUACAGACUUGAAGGAGGUUUUGUCUCUGGAUAUUCAAGCUCCUGAGGUGUGGGACGGGCUUCCGAAAAGGAAAGUGGAGGCAGAAAGCCUCCAAAGACAGGAAUCCAGACUGAAACGCAAUAAUCCACUGGCAAGAGAAAUCUUCCGGAGGCGCUUUCGUCAGCUCUGCUACCAGGAGACUCCUGGGCCGAGGGAGGCCCUUAUCCAACUCAGGGAACUUUGCUGCCAGUGGUUGAGGCCACAUGUGAGCACAAAGGAGCAGAUUUUGGAACUGCUGGUGCUGGAGCAGUUCCUGACUAUCCUGCCUGAGGAGCUGCAGGGCUGGGUGAGGGAACAUUGUCCAGAGAGUGGGGAAGAGGCUGUAACUCUGCUGGAGGAUCUGGAGCGAGAGCUUGAUGAAUCACAACAUGAGAUGGUAGCCCACAGAUGCAGACAAGAAGUCCUCUUCAAAGAGAGAGUACCUCUAGGAGAGCAGACAUCACUGAGUCUUCAGUCCCAGCCCAAGGAGCGCCAGCUCACAUGUGACCAUGCUCAGGAGCCCCACCCUGUUGGAGAGACAGAAAAAUUUCUGUUUUCCAAACCUGUUGUGAUAUCCCAGCUGAAAGAAGGAGAACCAUGGUCUAACAACAGAGGAGGCCUGAGAGAUACCUAUCCAGGUGGAGUGACCAAGACUGAGGACAGAGAGUUGAUGCUAAGGAAAGACUGUUCUGAGAUACUGGAACCACAUGGGAAAAUUUUUCAUGGACAGAAUGGGCUAUCAUACCAGGGUCCCCGACAUGGAGAAGCUGGUAAACAUAAGAGUCAAAUAGAGAGAAAAUGGGGAAACACCUUGGGAGAUGGACAACACAAAUGUGAUGAAUGUGGAAGGAGCUUUGCUCAGAGCUCAGGUCUCAUUCGACAUCAAAGAAUUCACACUGGAGAAAGACCCUAUGAAUGUAAUGAGUGUGGGAAAACCUUCAGUAGGAGUUCUGGUCUUUUUAAUCAUCGGGGAAUCCACAAUAUGCAAAAACGGUACCACUGUAAGGAGUGUGGGAAGGCCUUCAGUCAGAGUGCAGGCCUUAUCCAGCAUCAGAGAAUCCACAAAGGAGAGAAGCCCUAUCACUGCAGCCAGUGUGAUAAGAGCUACAGUCGGCGUUCAUUCCUCAUUGAGCAUCAGAGAAGCCACACAGGGGAGCGACCUCACCAGUGCAAUGAAUGUGGGAAAAGCUUUAAUCGUCACUGCAACCUCAUUCGCCAUCAGAAGAUCCACACGUUGGCUCAGCUGGUCUAGCUCCUGCCAUACGCAGAUGUUUCCAGAUUACACACCAAGUUGUGUGGGGCAGGAUAAGACUAGAAAAUUUCUCUUUCUUCCUGUCUGCACUAAAUGAAUGUGUUUUGGAACACAUUUAGCAAGUGGCCUGGGACAUUCUAGGAAGAAGCCUUGGGUUUUUGAGGCUGCUCUUUCCUUUUCUUCCUUUCGCUGUUGUUAACUGUCCCUUCCCCUGUUACUUAUUCUCUUUGAGAUGGCUGCCAAACCCUCCUACUAAUGUAAUAAACAUUGCUGCUGUAGCCAAUAUGCCUGAAAAAUCUGUGUCUGUGUUUAAU